AUGGUCUGGAGUGAUUCCAGUGAAGCUGACAGAGCUAGUCCUAUUUCACAUCAAGAGGAGAAGAUGGUGAUCGAAAGGAAGGUCUGGGGCACGGUCAAGUGGUUCAACGUCCAAAAUGGCUAUGGCUUCAUUACGAGGAGCGACAAUAAGAGGGACGUGUUUGUACAUCAGUCGGCCAUAAAGAAGAACAGCCCCUACAAGUACCAUCGCAGCGUGGGCGAUGGGGAGAGGGUAGAGUUUGAUGUGGUUCUGGGAGAUAAAGGCCUGGAGGCUGCCAACGUCACUGGUCCCAGUGGCAUUCCCGUGCAAGGCAGCAUAUAUGCUGCAGACCGUCGCAAGUUCUCAUUGGGACUAAGGAGGAGUCUGCCUCACAAGAGUUACCAUCUUUGUGAGCACGUGCCAAAGAAUGAGGCAGCAACAAGUGCACCAGAAGAUGGGAAUCUGUCCUACAGUGGCCAAUCUUACUUGAUGCACACAUCCUAUGGGUAUCAGCCCCAGUGUUUCAAUUCUGUGAGCGCAGAAGUGGUGCAUGCUGAAGGUCAGUGUGUGCACACAGAGCAAAGCAAGCCAGUGAAACAGAGCAUACACCAGGGCUUCAGGCACUUUCCCCAGACAAAUGAGACUGAAGACUCAGCAAUAAGUCAGCAUUUCUACCGUCCUAACUUCAGUUACCUACGCAGACGCCCACGGAACGUGAAAGAUGGGAAAGAGACCAAGGAGAUCUCUGGACCACCAGCUGAAGACACCAUGGCUCCUGAGACCAUCAGCCAACAACCUAGCACCACUCAGCUAUCAGACAAGAAGGAGUAA